CACUGAGCGCGCACAAACUUUCCCCGGCGCGGGUGGCUCAGUGCGUGGCCGUACCCUGCCAUGGCCUCCUGCGACCUGUCCCUUCUGUGCACCUCUGGCCUAGCCAUCGCCACGGCGCUGCUGCUCUGGGCCGCCAUCGGCAGGAGAAGGAAAGCUGGGGAACCUCCAUUAAUAAAUGGUUGGAUACCUUUCCUUGGAAAGGCUUUGAGUUUUAUGAAAGAUCCUUCAACCUUCUUGUUGUCUCAGCAACAAAAAUUUGGAAAUGUUUUCACUAUACACCUUGCUGGUAGAUACUAUACCUUUUUCAUGGACCCAUUCCAAUUUGUUUAUAUUAUCCGAAAUAGCAAGCAACUUGGAUUUCAAGAAUUUGCAGAUAAAAUGAUAUCCAGAACUUUUGACGUCCCAUCUAUAUUGAGUACAAAAUUCCCAGAACUGAAUGAAAACCUGCAUAGAAUGUACCAAUACCUACAAGGGAAGUCUUUGGACACACUUUCAGAAGACAUGAUGAAAAAUCUCCAACAAAUAUUUGAAAGGAAAUGCUCGCAAGCAACAGAUUGGGAAGCAGAAAAAAUGUACAAGUUCUGCUGCUCUGUAAUGUUUGAAGCCAGUUUUAUAACACUAUAUGGAAGAGUUCCUGCUGCAGAUGGCCACAAAGUUAUUAGUGAAAUCAGAGACAAAUUUACAAAGUUUGAUGCCAACUUUCCCUAUUUAGCUUUAGGCAUACCAGUUGAGUUGCUAGGAGCUACCAAGAAGGUUCGGAAGGAGCUUAUACAUCAUUUUUCAUAUCAGAAUAUGACAAAAUGGCUGGGAGGGUCUGAAGUGAUCCAAGCCAGAAAAGAUCUAUUUGAGAAAUAUGAGCUGCUCACAGUUUAUGACAAAGCAGCACAUCAUUUUACCUUCUUGUGGGCCUCUGUGGCAAACACAAUUCCAGCUACAUUCUGGGCCAUGUAUUAUCUUCUGCGGCACCCAGAAGCUCUUGCAGUGGUGCGUGACGAAAUUGACCAUUUGCUGCAGUCAACAGGUCAAAAGAAAGGGCCUGGAUAUAACAUCCACCUCACCAGAGAACAAUUGGACAACCUGGUCUACCUAGAGAGUGCUGUAAAUGAGAGUUUACGAAUGUCCUCAUCUUCCAUCAAUCUUCGCCUCUGCCAAGAGGAUUUUAUUCUCAAGCUUGAUGGGAAUCAGGAAGCCACCUUAAGGAAAGGAGACUUUGUAGCCCUUUACCCUCCAACUUUGCACAUGGACCCUGAGGUCUAUGAAGAUCCUAAGAAGUAUAAGUUUGAUCGGUACAUAGAAAAUGGCAAGAAGAAAACUACCUUCUACAAAAGGGGAAGAAAGCUGAAAUAUUUUCUGAUGCCUUUUGGCUCUGGAAGCACCAAGUGUCCUGGAAGGUUCUUUGCAGUUAAUGAAAUUAAGUUGUUUCUUAUUUUAUUUGUGACUCAUUUUGAUGCAGAAAUAGUGGAAAACAAGAACCUAGGAUUUGACAACAGUCGUAUGGGGCUUGGUAUUCUCUUGCCAGACUCUGAUAUUGCCUUUCGCUACAAGCUAAAGUCUUUGGAAGAGUAAGCUAUUGUAGAUUUAACACUAAUCUAGAUUUUUGCUUUAUUUUUUCGUUCUGAAUUUUCUUGGUAUAUUUUUUCUCAUUCUGGUUUCACGUCUGUAAGAGAAAUUGAAUAAUGAUUACCAUUUAAGGGCUGGAGGAUCACUUCCACAAACACCAAUAGAAAAGAGCAGGAAUGGCUGGAAAUUGGUAAGGGGGCAUGGAAGAAACAACUGAGACAAUGCCCCCCUGAACAAUACCUCAGUCAGCAACAGGAGCCACUGAAAGCCAGUCUACACUACACCUCUUAUUGUAAUAUAGGUUUUUUAAUUCAAGCAGUAGAAGCUCAUUGUUUUAGAUCCACAGGUUUAGGCCCUAAACAAGUACCCUUCUGAAGACAUCAGUACAACUAGGUAAAGAAAAAUGUUACUGAGGGGUAAGAGAGACAUGUAUAAAGACUUUCUACCAGGGAGGAGCUUCUACUAUCUAUUCUGCCUCCGUGGUGUCAAGACUUGCAACAAAAUUCUUUGAAGACUACACAAAACUUAAUCUUGUGGUUUCCUUCUCUUAGAGGGUCAAUGUUCUCUUUUAUAGCUCCCAAAUGUUUGUGGGGCAUAUGGAAAAUUCAAAUGGCCCCUCAAAACACCCCUAAACUAACAAAAACCCCUUAGAAAAAAAUAGUAUUUUUUAAAGUUAGAAGACCUAAACAAAUCCUGUGAUUCUGUAUCUAUACCACUGAAGUGCUGGUUGAGGUUCUCAAAGGCUCCUGGGAACCCCUAAUAAAUGAUACCACUAAAGGAGAGGCGAGGUGAGGUUUUUUUCCUCUCUCUCAAACCCCAUGGGAAAGGUGUCCUUAGCACCUCCUCUGUCCCCACCCCAGUAAUAAGUGUCUUAAGAUCAUAGAGAUUGGACACUGUGCUUCACUACCAAUACAUCUACAUAUUUUUCAAGAGCAACAUAUAAAUACCCUUUGUGUACUGAUUAUAAGUCAACCCUGUGUGUAAGUUGGCUUAUUUUCUGUUUCAGUGUUAUAAAAACAGUUUUUUUCUCUGAAUAAAAGUCAAUAACUGCAGAUAAAGAUCUCAAACUGAAAUUGCCUUUUACAAGGUCCCAUAGGAGAAUCACAAAACUAAGGACAGAAUCCAAAGGCUUAAAUAUGCUAAAAUAAAAAUGGCAUUGAAAAGAUUUCUAAUUUGGUAUUAUUGCAUAUGCAAGAAACACUGUAUGUUUUUCACAUGCUACAUGCUCCCUAAAUAAGACAUGCAUCUUUUUUAUUUUUUGGAAGACAGAAUGUAGGGGAAAAAAAAGAUUUUUCCAGAAUCCGUCAUGGCCCACAGUUGGCUCUUUCAUGGAGAUGCCAUGCUUCAAAAUGCCUGCCAGCUUCUCUCUCUCUUCCAACAAGUUGGGGGAGGGGGAGUGGGGGGUACAAAAGUAGACCAAGUUAGUUGUUAACCCUUUCACAGGCACUCAAACUGGAAGCAGCUCAACCAAAUAUUGUUUCCAAUUUCAGAGAAGCUGAGAAAGGGUCAACACUGCAACACUGGACUGUUAAAACACUGGACUGUGCCUGUUCUGCUUGCUGACCGGGAGAGAGAAGCUGGAAAUAACUACGAAGCACAGUGUCAUCAUACUUCUACUGUUCCAUGCUUUUCAGGGGGGUGAAGAAAAUGAGCCCUGCCCUCCCCCCCCCAUUAAAACAUGUCACAAUUUUGGAGGGCUGAUUUUUGGUGGAAAAGGGUGCAUGCAGUACAUGAGGAAAAACACCACUCUAAAUACAGAAAUCCAAACUGUCAGGGAUCUGCUUACAUGUUGGCCUUGCAUGCAUGUUGACUGUGUUUUUAUGGGCCUUUUGGAAGGAAAGAAAAUGUCAACUGAUAUAAUCAGUACAAUAUGGUAGUACUAUCCAAUGCACUGGUUAGUAAUCCGUUCUCUGUGAUGUUGUUUUUCUCUUCAUUAUGGCUAUUUUAAAGUAAAGGAGAAAAAAAACAACAACUCAGUUUUAGGCUCCUUUGGUCUUCACUACCACCCCCAGGAAAUACAACUUCUGGCACAUGGUACUUUUCAUAGGGAAAUGGUUUGAGAUAGUGUCUUUUUACAAUGUUGGGGAUGUAAUACUGGUUUAUUAGUAUCUUGUGAAAGUGAAGUGUGCUAUUUGCACACCAUUGCAGUAAAAAUCUACUGCAAUUAUAGUGCCUAUCCAACUGCCAUUCAAGUCAGAGGGAAGAUUCUGUUGACUUGAAUGAACUUUGGAUGAGACCUACACAGUCUACUGCUUUGUCUGAACCAUUAAACUGUAUUUGUAUAUGAGCCUGUUUAAAAGACACCAUCAACUUAACAAAAGACUUCCACUUAGCCUAGCCUGUUGCCUGUAAUACCUUAGAUUAUUCAAACUAAAUGAUACUAGAGGAGAAAGAAAUGUUGUGGUUAUUGUAUUACAUUCAUUUGACAACUGUUUCCAGUUUCUCUUUUGUAUAUCUUUUAUAAUAGCAAAAAGGUAAAGAUCUUCUAGGACAAAUGUGGUACUUAAAAUACUUUACAAUCAUUUUUAAAUAUGACUAAGUUACAAAUUGAUGGUGUCUUUUAAUCUAUGUUUGGAAAUAGAAUACUGUCCCUACAUAGUGUGAAGUAGUCUGAAUCACUGGCUCCUAUUUGGGUAACUUCCUUUAAUUGCUUAAUUCUACAUUCCUCGUGUUAUUUCGUGAUAGUUAAAAUGUGUGGAAUUUGUGUAAAACUCUAUAUUAUUAAGACAAGUUUAGAAAACUGCAAGCAACACUUUUAGUACUUAUUUAGUUUUACAACAAUUAGCUGUUUUCCCUUUUCUUCUUUUUAAAUAUUUCAAAGUUAUUCCAUUGCUUGAAAUAUAUUUCUGAUUGUUCUUGACUUGUCAAGAUGUUUAUUGUGGCAGGAAAUCCUAGAAAGUCAUCUGUCAUCCACGAGUAGUAUCUUUGAGCCAUGUACCCCAUCUACUCCCUUCCUGAAUGCCCGCUUCCCCAGCUACAGGGAUGUGGUGCUACACAUAUGCCUAAGGCCUUAAACAUAUACAUGCCACUUACAGAGGUUAGACUGCAGACAUGUUGGAGAGCCAUGUCAGCACAUAAAGGUUAGUUUGGGGAGCCAGCCUCUGCUCCCUUCCACAUGCCGAUUUGCAUUUAUCUCUGUAGUAGUGAGACUAACCCUCCACAGAAUUGUUGUGGCUACCUGGAUGUGAAAAGGGACAGAACAAUAUUAAUACAAACACAAUCUUAAUUUGUGACUCAUGGAAUUUGAGAACAUAAAUUGUGGAAAGUUCUUCAGGUGUAUUGAGUCACUUAAGAUUAGAUUUUCAAGUACUCAUUAACUUGUGCCUUUUUCGGAUGGUACCAAAAGCCAAAGGUGUCCAGAGGUGUAAGCACGCACAACAAAGCUUGAAGGGAAGCUUCAGAAACUCUGAAAAUUAAGGCUAAUGUGUCUCCAUCUAGUGGAGCACGCAAAGCUAGUGGAUGCUUUUAAAAAUGCUGGCUUUAAAUUCCUUGUGCCUCAUUCUCCCACUUCUUUAGAAUAGAGGAAAACAUAUCCACCUUUGUAGAGACCUUGAUGAAAACCACUACCUAAAUACUAAUGAUUAAAAUUAUUUGGUUUUAUUUUUACUUGAGAUCAUCCAAUUAUUUGUGUAAAUAGUACACCACAAGUAACCAUUACCAGAAAGGCUGUCAACGAUUCAAAAGCCAUAUUCCAAAUCCUCUGUGAAGAAAAGUAUGUUUUUGUGAGAGAUGUUGGGGAAACAUUUUUUUCUUCAUAUAUAAUAUCAGUGUCUACAGUGUUGGAGUAUACUCACAUUAAAUAGGCUUUGCAGUUGAUUAAAUGCCUUAACUUUGCUUCAGUAUUUAAUCAACAGCAAACACUGGUUAUGGCUUUGUAUACUGUAGCACAACAGAAUAAAAUCUGUUUUUAUGUAGAUCCUCUCACAUUGAGAUUAGUUACUAAUGUAGUGACUCUGUAGGCAAACAGAGUGGCAAUUAUAUACUCAGCCGUAGCUCACAAUCCAGCUUAGACAUUAGAACCUGUUUUAUUGAGAGAGAGAAAAUGUUGACAUCAUUAUAGUGUUGACUAUAUUACAUUAUUGCUUAAAUGUAAGCUGUAAAAUGUCUCAUGCCACAGUUAUGAUAAAUCCUUCUUUGGCAUUUCACUUUGAAACAAAUUUGAAGCAACUGUGAAAAUAAAGUAGGUAUUUGUUUUAAACAGAAGAACUUUUUGAAUCAUACUGUGUUUUUAGGGUUCUGAAUUGCAUGUUCCAACAUAAUUUAGAAGGACAUAAUGGGACCAUGCCCAAGAUGACUAGAAAUUGUUACUGAUUUCUGAUUAAUCACUGAUUGGUUUAUACAGUAUCUGUUCAGAAAUAAAACAAGGGAUAGAGAAUCUGCGAACAGGCAUAUAUAAACUAAAUAUAACUUUAGGUUACACAAAUGCCAGGCUAUAAAUUUGGGAGUAAGGGUUCAAUUCAGCAAGGUACAGAGUACUGUCUACAUUUACUUAUACCAGUAUGAAUAAAGAAUUCUCUAUAUCUCACAAGACUUGAUUUAGAGUAAAACUGCCCACCGUUUUUGUUAAAUAAUCAAAUGAAUAAAAAUUAAACAAGGCAGAGAAGUUCCUUUUCUAACUUGACCCAGACCUUCCUACAGUAGUAAUCUGUGCUAUUUCAGGAAUUUGAAAGAUGUUCUAGUUCACAACUUUUGCGGCCGUCUAACCACCCAAUACUGUUUGUUAAGGGCUGUAGUUCCCUGGUGAGGUCUCACCCAUGAACUAUCUCUAGACUCUAGCAAUGAUUCACUCUUGUAUUUCAAGCUAUUUGACAAGUAUGGUCCCCACCAGCACCAUUUCAGCACAUGCUCUUACUAUGAGUAGAUGCUGGUAAGGUGAAUCCCCCUCUCCCCUAACCCACCUUUUAAAAGGUGGAAAGAAGGAAUAUUUGAGCCAGUUACUCUUCUGGAUCAUGCUUGCUGAUCAGAAAUGCUGACUAAACAAGGUCUGCAGCGAACUGAGCCUGCUGCCACUAGCCAAAACAAUUCACUACCUUCCCACAAAUAACCCAACAUCUACCACUCCUGUUGAAACUGGAGUCAGAGCCUGUGGCCCACAGGAUUUCCACCUGGGGAACCGUGGGAGCUUUCAGUUACUGGGUAUGAAAUGGACAAUCCCCUAAUGAACUCCCACUGGUCUCAGUUAGAUGCAUGGCUGAUUCUUUAGCCGAUCACAGUGCAUUGAGGAAUUCCACACUUGCUGCACGAGGCAGGAUGUACAUACAGGUAUCAAUCUAUCAAGGGUUUUCAGUGGCAUCUUGCAUCACAGAGCCAAAGUUCAAAUAGCAUUGGGGGUCAUUUUAUCCAAAAUAGAUAACUUGCCCAUAUAGGGAAACUGUUGCUGUUUACAACAAUGAAUUGUCCAUAAUACUCCAAAGUCAUCAAGCCUUCUGCUGUUUUGGCAUCCUCUUGUUAUCUCCAGAGAUAAACAAGAGGCCACUUAGGCCUUGCAGUGUGGUGAACAUCCUUUCCAUACAUAGGACUCCUUCCUUGCCUGUUAAUGUUGUUUCAUAUGUCAGCCAGGCGGGGUGCACAAGAGCUCCUCAGUUCACUGGACUUUCUGUUUUGUGACAGGGAGGGAUCCUAUGGGGAAAUGAUGUACUGCCUCAGCAGCUGUAAAAGUGAAACUGCUGAUCAGCAGCAGCCCCCUGGUGCAGUAACACCACAUUGACCAGAGUGCAUGCAGGUGCUAACUUUUCCCUCAAUUUUUUUUGAGAGAGAGCAAUUCUCUGCCUAUACACAAGCAGUUCAUAUUUAAAAUGUGAAAGCUGUAAGCCAACAGAGUCACUUCUGGGAGCAGUCAAAAGAGUCUGAUAUCUUUUUAAAAACGUUUUUCCACUUAUAGAAGUGAAUUCUUCAUUAUCAAAAUGUGAGCACCAGUAUUGGACACUUUUAUUUCUAAACAAUGUUUUCUUUGGUACUGAGCAACAUUGUAAGCUACCGUAUAGUUUUGCACAAAGUAGAGUGCUGCCAUAUAUGAUUAUAUGAAUGUACCUGUUUGCAAAUUAUAUAUUUCAAUUGAUAUAUUUCUAGCAAUAUGUUUUUAACAUGCUAAUAAAGACCAGGUAAGAAAGUGUUCCUUAGUUUACUACCCUAAAGUCACUAUAACAUAGUUCACUACCUUACACAACUCUCAGAAUUGCUAUUUUUAUGAGUAAUCACUAAUCUGUAAACUUUACUUGUAUAAAUAGCCUUUAUUUCAUUAUCAUGGACCAUUCUUCCCGUCAAAAGAUUGUGAAUUGUUCUUAAUUCCAUAAACUGACAUUUGUAUAUAGAACAAUGGUUAGAUUCUGAAUUUAAUAUCUUAUAGGAAUUGUAUAUGUCAAAGAUGCUAUAAAAUUGAAUACAUAUAUUUUAAUAAUAAAUGACUUCCUGUG